AAAGCUAAAGGAAAUAAAUUUUCUCAAAUGAAUGAGGAAGAACGUGCACGUUAUAUACAACACUGUACUGAAUUUGAACUAGAAGCUAGAAGACGUAAACAACAAUUAAUCGCUACCUUCACUAAGAAUAAACUUAAACGUGAAGAAGUAUUUUCAAAAUUAAAUACUGCCAAAAUUAAUGAAAAAUGGAGAUAUAUUUUGCGAUUAAUAAAAUGUAAAGAACUUCAUGAAAGUGUAAAACAUCUUUGUACAACUUUUGAUAGAGUAAUAAGAAUUAAAGAUGCAACAAUUUUCUAUUUACAUAGUGAAUUAAAAACAGCAGAUGCAGAUCAUAGAAAACUUCAAGAAACUCAUAUUGUGUUAAUCAAUAAUAUAAUUGGUAUUUUCUAA